UAUCAGAAUAUUAGCACCACCCUGACUUAAACCCUGAAAUUUUGAAAACGUACUCGCCCUAAUCGGACGAGAAUAAAAUGCAGAUAGCAGCCACGGUGUCCGCAUCUACUCAUAUGAGAACGUUGUGGCUUUUUCCCAGUCUCUUAGCCCCAUCAUCGCUUCAGGAGCUGAGCAGCACACAUUUGUUGUGUCCAGCAUGCUUACUACUGCUGGCAUCUCGUAGGUCUUGAAGUUCGUCAGAUACAUGCUGGUCUUACCAGCGCACUCAAUCAGGUCUGGCCCCUUGCUCGUAGGCUUUGCCCUUAACACAAUUCUGUACGGCGUGCUGGUCACAUCAGUACUCUUAUAUUAUUCUUCCUUCAAAAGUGACGGUGCACGGAUACGACUUCUUGUGUCAGCCCUUUUGUUGUUGUGCACCUUCAACGUCGUCCUGGAGUAUGUCUUCUUGAAUGACACUCUCAUCGUUAACUUUGGUGAUCAAUAUACUUUGUCCAGAGCCAACUGGGUUUUCUCCUUACUACCUGGCAUCACGGGUGUUAUAUCCACCCUCGUCCAGUUCUUCUUCGCCUGGAGAAUCCGCAUCUUGACUUCCAAUUUCUGGCUAGUUGGAAUCAUCGUCUUUCUCGCGAGUGCUGCAUUCCUUUGUGGCAUUGGAACCACGAUUGCGAUCAAUAUGGUGCCCGUGUUCACCCAGUUUGAUAGGUUCGAAAUCGUAUUUGUCAUUGGCCUUGCCUCUUCUACUUUGGACAACCUCCUGAUUACCGGGUUGCUUGUCCGUUCCCUGAGAGAACAUAAAACUGGAUUCAUGGACACUGACCACAUCAUCAAAAAGAUAAUACGAGUCGUUCUGCAGACCGGUCUGCUGACAGCAAUAUGGGCCCUCGUUGACCUGGCCGUAUAUGUAGCGCUUACCGAUGGCAUGCAUCUGGUCUUCAAUCAAUCUCUCGCACAAUUUUACACGAUUUCCCUCAUGUCGACGUUGAUAACCCGUCCACGAGACCGUGCUUACGCCGACUUCACUGUUGUGAAUGGAGAGCAACCUGAGAGAACGGAUGCCCAAAUUCCCCUUGAAUAUAGAAAUAUUUAUCGGAGAAGGAAUUCCGAGUUGGUUUUUGACGUAGUCAGCCUGAAGAAAUUCGACACGGUACACGGUGCCACAGACACUCAGCAGUGACAUAUAGAAUCCGUCAUAUAUCACGCACGACGUCGCACUGUAUUAUUAUGACUACCGCAAGCACGUAGAUAUUAGAGAACCGUUUCAUCUGUUCGAUGUUCACGACAUUACAUUAAUAUUGACAUUCAUGCGCUCAGACUCGUAUGUUACAUACAUAUUAUAUGAUACAGGCGGCCUCGUGCACGUGGAUGAUAUACUUGGUGAUAAGCUUUACCUUA